AUGUACGCCAACGUCGAACAGCAAGGUGGUAAAGUUAAUACCGCCUUCGAACACUCGGAACCAGCGAAUCAGCAACCAAAUGAAAAAGUGAAAACUGAAAACAUAGAAGAUGGCAAUGUUGAAAGAGCUAUGUGGGGCAAUCAGAUUGAAUUUCUUAUGUCUUGUAUUGCUACGUCAGUUGGUCUUGGUAACGUAUGGCGAUUUCCCUUCACCGCAUAUCGAAACGGAGGUGGAGCUUUUCUUAUUCCUUACAUUAUUGUACUUUUGUUUAUUGGAAAGCCCAUGUACUAUCUCGAGUGUUAUCUCGGACAAUUCAGCUCGAGGAAUGCAGUAAAAAUAUGGGCACUCUCUCCUGGACUAAAAGGAAUCGGCUAUGCACAAUCUUUGGGAUGCAGUUAUAUUCUAUCUUACUACGUUCCAAUUAUAGCCCUGUGCCUUUAUUAUUUUUCUAUGAGCUUCCAAUCAACUUUACCUUGGGCUGUUUGUGAUCCUGAAUGGAUAAAUUGUGUGCCCUCUGGCUUGACCGAAAAUAUAAUCUUAACAGAAAACUCAACCAGCAGUGCGGAACUAUAUUUCACUAAAACAGUUCUUCAAAUCAGUGAGGGCAUUGAGGGCGGUCUAGGAUUGCCCGUUUGGUAUCUGACAUUAUGCUUAUUUGCGUCAUGGUUUACAAUUUUCAUAAUUGUAUCAAGAGGUAUUAAAAGCUCAGGGAAAGCAUCAUAUUUCUUAGCUCUGUUCCCUUACGUUAUUAUGAUUAUUCUUCUCAUUAGUACCGUACUUUUACCUGGAUCUGGGAACGGUAUUUUGUUCUUUUUAACGCCACAAUGGGAAGCAUUAGCCAGCCUAAAGGUAUGGUAUGCAGCCGUCACACAAGUUUUCUUCUCCCUUUCAGUAUGCACAGGUCCUCUCAUUAUGUUCUCCUCAUACAAUGGGUUUCGUCAAAAUGUUUACAGAGACGCUAUGAUUGUGACUACUUUAGAUACUUUUACAAGUUUACUGUCGGGUAUUACAAUAUUCGGUAUAUUGGGCAAUUUAGCAUAUGUGUUAGACAGAGAUGUAAGUGAGGUUGUUGGCACAGGAGGCACAGGAUUGGCUUUUGUUUCUUAUCCCGAUGCCAUUGCUAAAACCUUUCAACCACAGCUGUUUUCAGUUCUUUUCUUCGUUAUGAUGAUGGUACUUGGUAUUGGUUCUGCUGUGGCUCUACUCUCAGCAGUGAACACUAUACUUCUUGAUGCGUUCCCUCAUGUGAGAACGAUCUUCAUAUCAGGGUUUUCUUGCACGGUCGGCUUUGCAGUUGGUCUUAUUUACGUUACACCUGGAGGUCAAUAUAUCUUAGAGCUCACUGACUACUUCGGUGGAACUUUCCUGAUCCUCUUCUGUGGUAUUGCUGAAGUCGCUGGUGUGAUCUGGAUAUAUGGAGUUGAAAACAUUUGCUUGGAUCUAGAAUUCAUGUUGGGUAUUAAAACAUCGUUUUAUUGGCGUUUGUGUUGGGGUAUUAUCACGCCGGCCAUGAUGAUCGUCGUAUUCAUAUACGCUUUAAUAGCAUCUGACCCCUUAGAAUUUGGCGAUGAUUAUGAAUAUCCAACAGCAGCUUACGUCGCUGGGUACCUAAUGGUUGUCGGUGGUAUUCUCUUUGUUCCGCUGUUUAUGUGCAUAUCUAUGUAUAAAAACAGAUCUGCUGGUAAUUUUAUUGAAAUUUUAAAGAGUUCCCUUCGUAAGAAAUUAUCAUGGGGACCUCGAUCACCAUCAGUGCACAGAGAAUGGCUACUAUUUAGAGAAACUGCUAAGACGGAACGUCUGAAGAAAAGAACCUCAUGGCUCAAUCAUUGUUGGAAAAUGUUUACUGGAGGAUAUAGGCGU